CGAGAAACAAAGAAGCAAUCGGGUGGUCAGAAUUAUGUACUCUACGCUACUCAACACGAAAAAUUUUCGGAGUUAUGGAAACCGAUCCUGAUGAUAAACUAUGGAAAGUUGAUAGCCAAGCUAGGCCGCGUGAUGAUAAUGAUUUCGACAGGGCCAUGAGUUUCCUGUUGAAAAACUUAAGCGUCCGUGCGGCUACCGGAGGUCCUCUUUUCAAGUUUGCAGCGGGUUUAACAGAAUCUUCCCAAAGAAUUUACGCCAUGGUGCAGUGUACCCGGGACCUGUCCCAGCAAAAUUGUAGCGCUUGUCUGGCGACGGGCAGCAACAGGAUGAGGGCUAUCUGCUAUGGAAUAACUGGGUGCAGAAUUGUGCAACCCAGCUGUUUCUUAAGAUACGAGAUAAAUUUAUUUUUGGACAACCCAGCUAAUAUCACAAUUGUGCCAUUUUCACCUCCUUCUCCAAGUCCAACAGAACCUUCUCCAAGUCCUACAGAAGGAAAAGGAAACAACACAAGUCACACAACUAGAACAAUCAUCAUUUCCGUAGGCGCUUUACUUCUUGUCGUUCAGUUGCUUGUGCUUUGGAUAAUUUUCAGACAAAGAAAGGCGAAGGAAACUGUUGAAACAACUAAUAACUUCAGCGAAGAAAAUAAGCUUGGGCAAGGUGGAUUCGGAACAGUUUACAAGGGUCGACUUCCAAUUGGACAAGAUAUUGCAGUAAAAAGGUUCUCUAGUAAUUCUAGACAAGGAGACGAAGAAUUUAAGAAUGAAGUUCUUUUAGUGGCCAAGCUCCAACACCGCAAUUUAGUCCGACUCAUUGGUUUCUGCUUGGAAGGAGAGGAAAGACUUCUCAUCUAUGAAUUUGUGCCAAAUUCUAGCCUUGAUCAAUUCAUAUUUGAUCCAAUCAAGCGUGCACAAUUGGAUUGGGAAAGGCGUUAUAGAAUCAUUUUAGGCAUUACUUGUGGUCUCCUUUACCUCCACGAGGAUUCUCAUUUUCGAAUUGUUCAUCGUGAUCUUAAAGCAAUGGUCGAAAAAAUAGUUGGUUUGAAAAUGGGGGUACAUGGGACCUCUGAAGCUGGGAAAGUAUGAAAAGCUAACUUAUGUUUCUCUGUUGUUAAAAUAAUAGUUUGAAUAGUGGCUGGAUCUCAUUUCGAUGUUGUAUUCAGGUGCACAUUUUUAACUUUUGCAGGCAUGGAGAAAUUGGAACGAAGGGACGGCUCUAAAUCUCAUAGAUCCAACUUUAAGGAAUGAUUCAAGGACAAAUCAAAUGAUGAUUUGCGUCCACAUCGAAUUGUUGUGCGUUCAAGAAAAUGUUGCAUACAGACCAACCAUGGGUUCAGUUGUACACAUACUUAAUGAUAACUCAACCACUCUUCCAGUGCCCUCACAACCUGCAUUUCUUUUGCCUAGCACCGUUGUUGUUUCAGACACAUCAACCUCACAGAGAUCAAAGGAUGAAUUGCUCCCCUCUACAAAAAAUUAUGUUUCAAUCACUGAGCUAUCUCCUCGAUAGUUUUUGAGAAUCAAAGGUACAGUUACUA